AUGGCUGCAACAAAUAAUGAUCCCAUUUCAUCCAUCAACAAAAGUAUAGAUACAAUCGAAGGAUUCGAGGAUAUCUUUGACAUAAUCGACGAUGAUAAUGAUACAUUUGAAUAUACAAUCGCAGAGUUGAAUAAAUACUUCAUUUCUGGUCAUUUGAAUUCAAUUCCAAAUGAAGAAGAAAUGACCGAAGAAAUACAAGAAGAAGCGAUUUUGCCACAAAAGUUUAGUCAAGUAUCAACAGCAAGUGACGAUGAAGAGAGAUCAUUUGUAACUAAUAAACGACAACGGUCGAAUGUCGCAUCUAGUCCAACUAUUAGUUCAAAGAAAAGGAAAAUAACUAGUAAUAAUAAUAAUAAUAAUAAUAAUGAUACUGAUAUUUCUACAACUGAACAAUGCCAAAUACCACACAUCUAUUGA